AUGAACAACGAAGAACACAUCCGCCACCAGAACUCGGACUUGGGCAAGUCGCCUAUUCGUGGAAGUGCCAGCGACCACGAUCCUCUGGUCAAAGUCCAGCCUCCUCGCCGCGAGGAUCUCCAGCCUUCUUACGCUUCGGUCAUCAAGCCCGACACCGAGGAUGAUUCCCAGCACGGUUGGUACGGAGGCAUGAUCAAUGGUCUUGGUGCUGUUCUCGGUAACCUGGGAGCCAUUCCUUGCUGCAUUGUCUGCCCCAACCCCUACAAGCCCGUCUCGCAGGGUAAUGUCGGUCUGGUCACCAAGUUCGGUCGUUUCUCUCGCGCCGUCGACCCUGGUCUCGUCAAGAUCAACCCUCUCUCCGAGUCUUUGAUUCAGAUUGAUGUUAAGAUCCAGAUUGUUGAGGUCCCUCAGCAGAUUUGUAUGACAAAAGAUAACGUGAACCUUCACCUUACCUCAGUCCUCUACUACCGCGUUACCUCGCCCCACAAGGCCGCAUUUGGCAUCUCCAACAUUCGCCAGGCCCUCAUUGAGCGCACGCAAACCACACUCCGCCACGUCAUUGGUGCUCGCGUGCUCCAAGAUGUAAUCGAGCGUCGCGAGGAGAUCGCUCAGAGCAUUCGCGAGAUUAUCGAAGACACCGCUUCCGGCUGGGGUGUCGAAGUCGAAUCCAUGCUCAUCAAAGACAUUAUCUUCUCCCAAGACCUGCAGGAGUCACUUUCCAUGGCCGCCCAGAGCAAGCGUACUGGUGAAGCCAAGGUCAUCGCCGCCAGAGCUGAAGUUGAAUCCGCCAAACUCAUGCGCCAGGCCGCUGAUAUUCUGUCUUCUGCACCUGCCAUGCAAAUCAGAUACCUCGAUGCCAUGCAACAGAUGGCCAAGUCUGCAAACAGCAAGGUCAUUUUCUUGCCUGCUCCCAACCAGACUGUGCAACACCAGAUGCAGAUGGCUGACGCCGUUGGCGAGGGUCCUUCCUCCUACCAGGCUGUCACUCAGCAGCCACACGACAAUGGUUUUGGGGCAAACACCGAAGGCUUCCAGAAUGCUAUCAACAGCCGCGUUGUCGAGAACAUGUAG